UUACUAAUAUGAAAUAUUCACCUUCUCUCUUUGCUUCUCCAUAGGUUUUUAGGUACCUUUUCUCAUUUUUUCUUUCCUUCUAUAUUCAUUUUAUUUAAGCCACUUCUGCUAUACUUUACAUGGUUUUUUUUUCUUGAUAUUUUUAAGUAAGCACUUCAAAUUUGAGCUCAAUUGUAUGCUUAAAGUUAUUUGAGUAUGGACUAUUUAUAGGAUCUUGAAUUGACUUAGUGCAACUUUUUGCUUGCUCUUUCACUAGAGAAGUAGUCUGUUAAAUAGUGAUAAAUUUUCGGAUACCUGUCACCUCCCACCUCCCAACAGCAGUAGAUACCAGUGAUUCUGUCCGCAGAGUAAAACACCUGGACUAAAUUAUCGGAUACCUGCCAACUCCCAACAACAAUAGAUACAGAUCUAUAUGUGGCUGCAACUUCCAUUUGGCAUCAGUGAGUUUUGAGGUUUGGUUGAAAUGGAUCCGAGUUCUCUGAAUAGUUUCCAAUUAAGGGACCAAUCUUUACCUAUUUCUUCAGAUCAGAGGAUGAAUAAUGGACCAAGAUUUGAACUUAUUUAUUCAGAUCAGAAUCUACUUAAUGACCCUAGACUUGAAAAUAGCUUUGUCCAACACAAGUUUGGUCCUGUUGGAUUUAUAAGUGGCGACCAUUUACCGACUAAUGUAGAAUCAAGAACUGACCUUGGCUUUGAGGACGGGUUUAGUGAAGAUAUUGAUUUCUCAGAUGCAGUUUUGAGCUAUAUAAAUCGGAUGCUAAUGGAAGAAGACAUGGAGGACAAGACAGACAUGCUUCAGGAAUCAUUGGAACUUCAAGCCAAAGAGAAGUCAUUCUAUGAGGCUCUUGGCAAGAAGUAUCCACCAUCACCGGAGCAAAAUGUGUUUACUGACCGGAACAGCUACUUCACAGGAAGUGUAUACAGUUCUACAAGUAAUACCGGUGACAGUAGUGGUUACCUGGCCGAUAACAUUUCCACGGAGUACAAUUCCUCUUACAUAGAAAACCUUUCAAAUCGUGAUACUUCUUACUCUUCAGUAUGCUCAUCAAAUAGUGGGAAUACUAUUGUAGAUGGGUUCUUAGAAUCUCCUGUUAGUUCUUUUCAUAUUCUUAAUAUAUAUGAUGAGAGUCAAUCUAUUUUGAACUUUCAGAAAGGAGUUGAAGAAGCAAGUAAAUUCCUCCCAACUAGUUAUAAGUUGUUGAACAGUGUAGAUAUAAAUGACUUGCCACCUCGGGAUCCCAAAGGGGAAGCUGAUUUUGUGGAUGCUCAGGUGAAGGAAAAGGAUGAGGGAGAGACCUCAACAACUGAGGCGAGAGGGAAGAAAAAUCCUCUGAGGGGUGAUAAUAUCAUCGAAGAAGAAAGGAGUAGCAAACAGGCAGCAGUUUUUACAGAAUCAACUCUACGAUCUGAGGAGUUUGAUAUUGUCUUGCUGAAUAGCAUGGGGAAGGGAGGGGAAGCACUUGAAGCUUAUCGACAAGACCUGAGGAAUGCUAAAAGCAAAAACACAUUGCAGAUGCCAAAAGGAUCAAAAGGAGGAAAGGGCCGUGGGAAGAAACAGGGUGGAACGAAGGAAGUCAUAGAUUUGAGAACUCUCUUGAUAAAUUGCGCGCAAGCUGUGGCUGCUGACGAUUCCAGGGUUGCAUAUGAACUGUUGAAACUGAUCAGACAACACUCAUCCCCUUUUGGAGACGGAAACCAGAGACUGGCUCAUUGCUUUGCAGAUGGUCUUGAGGCGCGCUUGGCUGGUACUGGUAGCCAGAUCUAUAAAGCCCUUGUCAAUAAACGAACAUCUGCAGCUGAUCUUUUGAAGGCCUACCAUUUGUAUCUCGCAUCCAGCCCAUUCAGGAAGAUCUCAAGUUUUGCUUCAAACAAGACAAUCAUGAUAAAGGCAGAGAAUGCAACAAGGGUUCAUGUCAUUGACUUUGGCAUCCUGUAUGGUUUCCAAUGGCCUACGUUCAUCCAACGUAUUGCAGAGAGAGAAGGGGGGCCACCAAAGCUUCGUAUUACUGGAAUAGAGUUUCCCCAACCAGGCUUUAGGCCAGCGGAACGGAUUGAGGAAACAGGUCGCCGUUUGGCUGAUUAUGCUCGGUCCUUUAAUGUUCCAUUUGAAUACCAUGCAAUUGCAAAAAAAUGGGAGACCAUCACAGUUGAGGAUCUAAAACUUGACAAGGAUGAAUUUCUUGCUGUCAACUGCUUGUAUCGCUUUAAGAACCUGCAUGAUGAGACUAUCGCAGUUGACAGUUCAAGAACUAUCGUUCUAAACCUCAUAAGGAAGAUCAAUCCAGAUAUCUUCGUCCAUGCUAUUGUCAAUGGGGCCUAUAGUUCCCCAUUUUUCGUCACACGAUUUCGUGAGGCCUUAUUCCACUUUUCAGCACUUUUCGAUAUGCUUGAAACUAUUGUUCCCCGUGAGAUUCCAGAAAGAGGAUUAAUUGAGAGAGAGAUCUUUGGAAGGGAAGCACUGAAUGUCAUAGCUUGUGAGGGGUGGGAAAGAGUUGAACGACCAGAGACCUACAAGCAGUGGCAAGCUCGUAUUCUGGGGGCGAGGUUUACGCAGAUACCUUUUGACCGGGAGGAGUUCCUGAAUAAGGCAGUUGAGAAGGUGAGGUUAUAUCAUAGAGACUUUUUAAUUGAUGAAGAUAGCCAGUGGUUGUUGCUGGGUUGGAAAGGAAGAACAAUUUUCGCCCUAUCUUGUUGGAAACCUGUCUAAGAAACUUGAAACAUAUACUUCCUUUUGAAUCCCAAGUCCAUCCACAUAUCUGAAGAUCAAAUGCGGCUAUAUAGUUUGUAACUGGCUGCUCAGUGUCUUGAUGCAGUAAUAAUGUCUUCUAACAGAAGUAACAUAAAGAUCAUUUGGUCGCUAAGCUCUUUGAGUUUCUAAUAUGAAUGAGGCUAAAACUGCAGCUUACACCUCAAUAACCAAUGGAUCACCUGACAAGACGAGGCCUUGGUACAUGUUCUUGGCGAUGAUCAUCAAGUUUUAAAGCGAGGGACUUGAUCCUUAAAUGGUAUGAUUGAUUGAAUCGAUAUUCUGUCGAAGAUUAGCCACUUUAUGCUAAUUAGUGGCAAUGUCCAAAUAGACCCUUAUUGCCAUGCUACUAAUUAGCAUAAAGCUUCUGAAAUUUGUACUAGAACUUGAAUUUUCCUUCCGUGAUUGGAUGAGGGAUAACAUGUUUUAGAUCUGUUUAAUUUCUCCAUUUUAUGAUGCAUUAACCAUUGGAACUUAAUGUUCAAAUGUGGUACGGUUUUAGAGGAAUAGCCUACGCCACCUAGUUUGAAACUUUGGAUUGAGGUGUAGGUGAUUGAUUGAUUGAUAUAUGAUGUAUGAACCGCAGUUAAGUAUACACUUGGGUGAACUAAAGAUUCAUUCUUUCCCAUUUAAAA